CCCAUCUCACAAAGUUAUUAUUCAUGAUUCACUAUCCAUCACCUUGUCUUCGAUAAGCUUAUCAUCUUGGCAGGCUCAUGACAAAUUGGGAUGACAUGGACUGCACGAUGUUCGCCUGUUCCCUUCGCUGUAGGCGAGUGAACUGUGAAGGCUCCACCGGCCAUCGCGCAGACCUUCUCGAUCCGGCAAUGAGUGUUAUCUUAUCGCUUCCCCGGUUAUCGUCCCCGGUUCUACUGUGUGCUCGAUGCACUCCAUCCUGCAUCUACUCCAGCAUCGCCCAGGGUCCGAUGCGCGCAUCUCCGCUGCCUCGAAUGCCAAUAAAUACCCCCCAUGGAUGGCCGCCGCCAUCAUGUUUGAAUCUUCGAGUCGUUUUUCCAUUUCCGCAGCCAGACUACAACAAUGGCGAUAUCCGGAGACGAGAUUCAGGCCGUCGGUCCAGCCACCACGGGCGAGGAUGUUCGGCUGGAGAAUUUGGGCUAUGAGCAGGAGCUAAAACGGUCCUUUGGGCUCUUGGGUAUGAUUGGGUUCAGUUUCAGUGUGGUCACCUCAUGGACCGCGUUAAGUGGUGUCUUCAUCGUCGGUGUCACGUCGGGUGGCCCCCCAGUCAUGAUCUUCAGCUUCGUUGGUGUCAGCCUUCUCACCCUUGCCGUUGCCAUUCCCAUGGCCGAGAUGUGUUCGAUGUAUCCUGUGGCCGGUGGUCAAUACUCCUGGGUGGCUGCCUUGGCUCCCCCGAAAUUCGCCCGUGAGUUAUCCUACAUAACAGGAUGGUUUAUGCUCAUCGGUCUUCUCGCAAUGGGUGCAACCAACAACUCCAUCGCUGCACAGUUCGUGCUCGGAAUGGCCAACCUCGUCUUCCCCUCGUAUGAAAUUCAACGCUGGCAGACCGUCCUAGUAGCCUACCUUGUGGCUAUCCUUGCCGCUGCAAUAAACAUAUGGGGUCCCCAUCUACUCAACCGUAUCUCCCGCUUCAUUCUCAUCUGGAACAUCGCCGCUUUUUUCAUCACGAUCGUUGUUCUACUCGCCACAAACGACCAUAAGCAAUCCGCCUCCUUUGUCUUCGCUGACUUUCAAAACUUCACCGGAUGGGACCGUGCCAUGGCCGCCAUCGUUGGCAUCCUACAGGCUUGCUUCGGUAUGUGCUGCUACGACGCCCCGGCGCACAUGACCGAGGAGAUGAAGUCUGCCUCCAAGCAAGCCCCACAAGCCAUUAUCUUAUCCGUCGUCCUCGGCGCCAUCACCGGCUUUGCCUUCCUCCUCGUCCUCUGCUUUUGCAUCGGCGAUAUCAACGCCACCCAGAACUCCGCCACCGGCGUCCCCGUCAUCCAGAUCUUCUACGACUCAACCGGAAGCAAAAUCGCCGCCUGCUUCCUCGCCAGCAUGAUUGCCGUUAUCGUCAUCAUAGCCGGAAACAAUAUCCUGGCAGAGGGCUCCCGCUGCGUAUACGCCUUUGCCCGCGACAACGGCCUCCCCUUUAGCAAAUUCCUCGCCAAAGUCGAUAAGAAACGCCAAGUCCCAAUCAACGCUGUCCUCCUCACCCUGAUCGUCCAACUAGCCCUUGACGCCAUUGACUUUGGCACCUCCACCGGCUUCGAAACCGUCAUUGCCAUUUCCACGGAAGGAUUCUACCUCUCCUACGCCAUGGCCCUUGCCAGCCGUCUCCUCGGCUACAUAACCAACCACCGACCAACCAUGACGGGCCCAUUUUCCCUCCGUCCCUGGAUUUCAAUCACCUUGAAUACUCUGGGGUUACUAUUCCUGCUCUUCGCAUCUAUCACAUUCAACUUCCCAGAAACGUACCCCGUAACUAAGGACUCAAUGAACUAUACGAGUGCGGCAAUCGGGGUGAUUGCGGUGAUUAGUCUCCUGACGUGGGUGGUUACAGGGAGGAAACAUUUCACGGGACCGGAGGGUUGGGAUGGAAGUGGGAGUGUAGAAGGGAAGGUGGUUAAGUUGGAGGAGGAGAAUAGGAAUGAGGCUGAGUCGGAGAAGAGAGGGUGAUCCUCAUUCUUCUUUUUCCUCCCUUUCUUUAAUUGUUCCUCGAUUGUUAAAUAUUUGUGUGAUAAUAUGAUAUGUGCAAGAUACCUAUAUCAACUAAAUAGCAAAUCAAAAU